AGGGUCUGCACCGGGUGUGGCCAUUUCGCCAAGCAUGAAACAGCUUCAGGUGCGCGCUGAGGUCCUUCGUCGCUAAGUGGGUGUUGAGGUUGGAGGAGAGAUUUGCCUGAGGUUUUGUCCCUCAAGGAUGGAGGGACGGUCGGAUUUAAUGCUGCAGGCCCCCCCUUGUAUGUCACCCGAAGUAGGAGCCAAUGAUGCUUCAUUUAGGUGUGGCGUUGUUGUCUCUCCUCUCAUCGGGAGGAUGUGCUCCACCAACAGACACACCAGGAUCCGCGUGUCCCAGCCAAUCAAGCGUUCUGUUUCUAUGGAGACUGCGGCCUUGGCCAACACACAACCACUGCGAGGGGAGUCCUAAAAUAGCCAUUGGAUCUUUCUUUAUGGGCCUGUCUUCAGGAGCCGAAAAACAGCCACUGUCGCCUCGUGACCGACCGAUAGCGUCGCCCCAAUCCCAUCUCGCUUUUGACUGCGUAGGUCGCGCAAUCAUCCCUCUGUUCACCCCUUUGUCUCUCCGACACGCGGCCUUGGGAGGAUGUAACUCCAGUUGUUUACAUGUAACACCUACUCCACUUCGACCGAUCCACUGGCUUCAUCGUUCGGACCAGGGUAUAGAAUUUCGAACGGCCGGCGAUUUUGAAGAGCCUCGGAAAGCUCAGCAUGCGGCUCGUCUCGCGUGCGACCGAUUUGCACCCACACGUCCUCGUCUGACGAUGGUCCUUCAGAGACCCACGCAGCCUGACUAUUUAUAAACGUUUGGGAAUCGACAGGCGGAGGAUAGAAAAAAGGCCUGGUCCCUUUGCACGCGCACGGGCUGGCGUGAACUGCUGUUCAAUGUCCACUGAAGCAUCGAACACCGAAGCGGGACGUGCCACGUGAUUAGGUGUCAUGCGUGGUUCUUGGAGAUCCAUGAGCCUCUUCCCCCCCGUCCCUAGGGACGAUGCCCCGGUGAAGCCACCAAGCCCGACAGUCACUACGGGCGGCACGCUAUCGUCUGUGUUGACCAGGGUGCGAAGAUGGGAACCAGAU